CGCCUCGGCUCCGCACCUGGGCACUUCUGCUUCUCUCCUCACCGCCGCAUCCACGCCGCGAUGCAUCUCCUCGCUCUCCUCCUCGGCGUCUAUGCGCUCCUACUGCCCAGCGUGCAGGCAUGGGGCGCCGACGGGCACGCCAUCGUCGCCACGCUGGCACAAGCUCAGCUGCACCCUCUCGUGCGCAAACAUCUCUGCUCCAUUCUGCCAAAUGCCACCAGCUACUGGAGCGCCUGGCCACGCGAGGGCGCGCCGCAUCUGCACUGCCAUCUGGCGCCCAUCGCCUCGUGGCCCGACACGAUUCGCUUUCGCUAUCCGUGGUCUUCUCAUCUGCACUACGUCAAUCCCAUCAACGACACGCCUCCCGCGUCGUGCAUCUACGGCGCCACCGGCUGGACGUCGCUGGAAAACGUGCUGUCGGCCAGCGUCAACUACACGACGCGCCUCAGGACGCAGAGGGGAGAGGGACGCGAGUGGGAGAGAGACAUGGCACUGCGAAUGCUCACGCAUCUGAUCGGUGAUCUGCAUCAGCCGCUGCACUUGACGGGCAGAGAGAGAGGCGGCAAUGACGUCGUGGUGCGCUUCGAGGGACGCAUUGCCAAGCUGCACAGCGUCUGGGACGGUCUUCUCCUAAACCGGCAGCUGCGCACGCUUUCAAACUACACGUCGCCGCUCCCCAACGCACGCAUCGAGUCGGCAUUGCGCGGCGCACGCUACGACGCCUACAUUCGCUGGAUCCUCGCCGAAGGCAUGGGCCAAGUCGGCGCCAACGAGGCAUGGUGGAGCGACGUCAAUGCCUGGCCUGCCUGUCCCGACGUCAAGGCCAAGAAGCCUCUGCACAGCGCGGCAGCGACAUUUCUGCGCUCUGCAAUGCCGCAUUCGUCCACUGCCGUGCGCAAGCUCUCCUCGCUCCUCGGCGGCGGCAGUUCCACCGCCAGCUCCGCUUCCUCGAGCGAGUGGGAUCCGGCAGAUGUGGACCGCACAGACGAGCCGCUGUGCCCGUAUGCGUGGAGCGAGAAGAUGCACCCGCUCGUGUGCCACUAUGCAUUUGCAACGCCCGUGCCGGAGAAGGGCGGCAUGGAGAGACCGGAGUUGGAUGGCGAAUAUGCGGCGAGGAUCGAUGACGCAAAGAUCCUGCAACGCCAGCUGGCGCUCGCGGGCACGCGUCUGGCCGCCGUGCUCAACAGCGUGCUGCUGCCCGAGGCCAUGGCUGCGCAACAGCAGGCGGCCACUACGCAGCAGCAGCAGCAGCAGCAGCAGCAGCAGCAGCAGCAGCUGCAGCAGCACGACAGCAUGCAGCGCGUCGGCGCCAAGAUGCAGCUGCCGAUGCAUCUUGCCCUGCCCGCCUCUGCGCACAAGGACGACGACGACGAGGAGCAGGAGCAGGAGGCGUUCGGCAACACCGAUGACGCCGAGCGCGCCAGGAGCCUCGCCGACGUCGUCGCUCACGCCUCGAACUCGGCUGCUGCGCCGCAGAUCAUCCACGUUUCCUCGCGGCAUCACGGCCGCAAGGGCGAAGCGAGCAAGGGUCCCAUUUGGCCGCUCGUCAAGGUCACCGCCUCUUCCAUUGCCGAAGUGGCCAUUCUCUCGUCGGUGGGCUACUACCUGGCGCGGCGCGGCAUCAUCGACAAGGUGACGCAGACGAAGCUCAACAAGAUCAACGUCUCCUUCUUCACGCCUGCCCUCCUCUUCUCCAAGGUGGCCUUCACCUUGAAUCCCGCGCGCCUGGCCGAGCUCGUCGUGGUGCCCAUUGGCUUCGUCGUCGUCUCGAUCGUCUCGGCACUCGUGGCAUACGGCAUGGCGCGCAUUGCUCGCAUCUCGCGCGCGCAGCGCAACUUUGCCAUUGCCUGCGCCAUGAGUCCAAACAGCAACUCGCUGCCCGUGGCGCUGAUGCAGAGUCUGGUGGCCACCGUGCCGCAGCUGCAUUGGGAGGAAGAGGGAGAGCCAGAGGACACGGUGGACGGCAUGCUUGGCCGCGCAUUGACCUAUCUCGUCCUCUUCAGCACGCUCGGCAUGCUGACGCGCUGGAGCAUCGGCGCAAAGCUGCUCGCGACGGUCGAUGAGGAGGAAGAGUCGCAAGCACAAGACGAAGGUGCAGCAUCGACGGCGCAGCUCGUCGACGUCGAGUCCGACAAUGCGGCACAGCAGCCUCCUCGCAUCGCCAUUCGGCGCGCCACCAACGACGUCGAUGCCUCCGAGGCCUCUCCUUUGCUGUCUUCGCGACGCGACAAGCCAAAGCCUCGCCCUCAAGCGUGGACGCGUUCCUUUCCGCACACCGACGUCACGGCGCCGCCGAGCGAGGCGGGCAGCGACUCGAAUGAGGACGAAGAGGCAGUGGCGAGACGGCACUUCAACUCUAGCUCUGCGCUGUGGAACUCGCCGGCGGCCGACAACGCAAAGAGCUUUGGCAAGCGCUGGAUCGUGCGUCCCUACAAGGCGUUCAUGGCGUUCAUGACGGCACCGCUCUGGGCGGCAGUCAUCUCCCUCAUCGUCGCCAUGAUCCGGCCGCUGCAAGUGGGUAUCGGCAGCAUUGAGCCGCUGGUGGGCGCACUGCAGACGGCCGGCGCGGUCAGCGUGCCGUUGACGAUGGUCGUGCUCGGCGCCUACUUUGUGCCCGCAGAGAAGCCCAAGGCAAAGGCAACGACAGAGCCCACUCCCGAUGCCGGAUCCACAGGCGAAGGGCUCUCCAACCACUCGACACUCGUCGGCACGCGCUCCAGUUCCUCCUCCUCCAAGAAGCUGCCCAAGAUGCGCAAUCCCUGGGGCGGCGCCUCCGACGACGGUCGCAGCGAUGCCGAGCGUGACUCGGGGUGGAACUCUUCGGGCUCCGAUCUUGGCACCUCGGCUCCGCCUUCUCCCAGCGAGGCCUUUGCGCCUUCGCCCCUCGACGGCCAAGCCGCGCAACACACGCGCACCAACGCCGCGUCGCCAGCGGGCGAUGCGCUGCGGCGCGACGGCAAGACGCCGGCCGAGCGCCGCGCCAAGCACAAGGCCUCGCUCGAGAAGCGCACCAUUGCCGUCAGCGUGCUGAGCCGCAUGCUCGUCGUGCCGCUCGUGCUGUGCCCCGUCUUCGCCUACUACUGCGUCAAGACGCGCUACAAUGUCGCCGAUGAUCCUGUUGCCAUCGCCUGUGCCUUCCUCCUGAUCGGCUCGCCGCCGGCCCUCACGCUGGCGCAGAUCACCACCGUCUCGGCCAAGGGCAAUUCGGGCUUCGAGCGGCUGAUCAGCCGGACCAUCUUCGUCAGCUACGUCAUCCUCGCCGCACCCACGACUGUGCUGCUCGUCCUCGGCGCCCUGCUCGUGGCCGAGAACGACCAUGCCUGAGAGAGGCCGGGGGCCGCGUGGCAUCGCUGGACCACCUUGCCGUCAAGGCAAAGAGCCGCCUCGCCAUCUCUCGCUGACGCCGCGGCUGCGUCCAACGGGGGGGCACGGUCUCAAGCGCGGACCUCAUCCCCCCCCCCUCCUGCCCCGCCCUCUUUCACUCCGCCACACCUGACGACACGCAAACGACUAGAACCAGAGAAAUGACGCAUCUGUACAUAGUCC